AUUUAAAUGAAGAUUAUUUCAGUUCUUGCAUUAUUAUUACUAGUGUCCCCCACCCUGGGCUUCUGGUCAACUGGUCACAUGAUCAUUGCCAGAAUCGCACAUGAGGAGAUCAAGGCUAAGGAUCCAAAAUAUCACGCUACUAUUACUAAAGAGAUCGAGCUUUUGAAAGAUUUUGCACAGGAAGAGAUCAACCCAUUUGUAGAAUCUGCAGUCUGGGCUGACGAUAACAAAGCCAUUGCUUGGGGAGCCUUCAGCAACUGGCAUUUCGUUGAUACUCCAGUCAUUGCCGAAGGUUUUGAAGGAGAAUAUGAAGUCGAUAAUGCCAAUGCUACUUGGGCUAUCUAUGAAAUGAGAAAGACCUUGAAGAACAUGAACAAGCCUAAAUUCAACAGCGGACUUGCUCUUUCCUUCGCUUGGAGAUACUUGAUUCAUCUUGUUGGUGAUAUCCAUCAGCCACUCCACGCUUCUGCUCUCUACUCUGAUCAAUUCCCACAUGGAGAUAGAGGAGGCAACAGCUUCAAGAUUACCUACCCUGCUGAUAAGCAAGUGAAGAAUUUGCAUGCUCUCUGGGACUCCUGUGUUGAUCAAUAUGGAUCCAUCUGGGCUCCAGUCAGUGAUGAAGAAUGGAAUCUUCUUGGAAAGUACUCAGAUGACAUCAAAUCUGAAUAUCCAAGAAGCAGAGUUGACAAGAGAGUUAAGGUCCUUGAUGAAAGAGAGUGGGCCAAGGAGAGUAACAAGAUCGCCACCGAAGUUGUCUAUGCUGACAUCGAGCCAAACACAACCCCAUCUGAGGAGUACAUCACCAGAGGAAGAGAGGUUGUUAAUGAGCAACUUGCCGUUGCUGGAUACAGACUUGCUGAUCUCAUGCUUCAGUUAAGACACUAUGUUUCUGAAGGAGAAGAAGUUGAGUCAUUCAUGACUGAGUAACCAAUAUUAUUCUGAACCUAAUGUUGAUUCCAACCUCAAUCUUGU